UCUAGCUGUAAAUCUACAACGCUAUGGUCUUUUUGGCUAUAGAUAAGCCAUCAUCAGUGACAAAUGAUCUGAAAAGGAAGCUAACCUGUCAUGUAGUAAGAGUGAUGGAUAAUGAAUGGGCCCCCACCCACAGAGUUACAUAAAAUAUCAAGAAAAUAAUUGCAUGUCCACAUAAUUAUUUUUUUUAAAGCAUUUAGACAUAUACAUCUCUCCUUAAGUACUAUUUUGGCUGCAUAAAUAUCAAAAGAAAAAAAGAAAAAUGCAUGUUGAAUAGAUCCUCUAUGACAGAAAGACAUGGACAUGAAUUGCACUGGAUGGGAGGGCGCAGAGUGGUUCUUGUCUUUCCUGGUAGAAGAGAAUACUUCCACUCAGGAGAUCAUACAUUCAUUGAAAUACAACUAAACUAUCUAGCUCAGGGGGCAAUUGUUAUAAACCUUAAAAAGUGGUUUGAAUGGGUACAAUUAAUAUUUUCUGUCUGAUGAAGGUGGGGGUGGAGGACUCAAUAAAAGACUUCCAUUUCUGUAAUAUCUCUCCUUUUUGUCUUCUUCCAGGCUCUGUGCUCUCUUUAGUAUGUUCCAACUCCUACCAGGCAUGGUGCCAGAUCACCAAUGUGUCCCAACUAAAGACUUCUUAUGUCACUCAUGAAAACCAGAAUUCCAGUGGAAUGAAUCUGAGCAUUUCUUCAUCUGCAGAGAACCAAUACAGCCUUUUUCUAGGCUUAGUCCUGGCCAUUAGUUCCAGUGUUUUCAUAGGCUCCAGCUUCAUACUGAAAAAGAAGGGACUCUUGGAACUGGCUAAAAAGGGAAUAACUAGAGCUGGGCAAGGUGGACAUUCUUACCUGAAGGAAUGGCUCUGGUGGGCAGGAUUACUCUCAAUGGGAAUAGGAGAGGCUGCAAAUUUUGCUGCAUAUGCUUUUGCACCUGCCACAUUGGUUACCCCUUUGGGGGCACUGAGUGUUCUUAUAAGUGCAAUAUUGUCAGCCCAUUUUUUAAAUGAGAGACUGAACAUUCAUGGGAAAAUAGGCUGCAUGUUAAGUAUCUUGGGGUCAACCGUGAUGGUUAUCCAUGCCCCCAAAGAAGAGGAAGUCACAUCUCUACAUGAUCUGGAAAUAAAACUAAGAGAUCCAGCAUUUAUUUCCUUUGCUGUGAUCAUACUUGUGAUCUGUUUGGUGCUGAUUGUGGUCAUUGCUCCAAAGAAAGGUCAGACCAAUAUAUUAAUCUACAUUUCAAUUUGUUCAGUAAUUGGAGUAUUUUCAGUUUCCUCUGUCAAGGGCUUAGGAAUCGCCAUCAAGGAGCUAUCGGAACAGAAGCCAGUUUACAAGAAUCCUCUUGUCUUUAUUUUGUUGGUGACAUUAAUACUCUCAGUCAGUACUCAAAUUAACUAUCUCAACAAAGCACUGGAUACGUUCAAUGCAUCUCUGGUGACUCCUAUUUAUUACGUAUUCUUCACAUCUAUGGUAGUCAUGUGCUCUGCCAUCUUAUUCAAAGAGUGGUAUAGUAUGAAUGCUGGUGAUGUCAUUGGGACACUGAGUGGAUUCUUCACCAUUGUUAAUGGCAUCUUCCUUCUUCAUGCUUUUAAAAACACUGAUAUUACCUGGAGUCAGUUGACAUCUACUUCUAAAAAAGUCCAGUUAUCUCUCUAUACCAAUGAAGAUAGACAUGUUUUAUUAGAGAACAUAGAAUGCGAUGAUGAUCUCACUUUAUUUAAUCGGAUGGACAAUCAGGGACACUGAUCUCCUGGGAUGAGCCAUUUUGAAGGGAAGAAAAGGAACACAUCUCUUUCAAGAGCUGUUGAAAUAUUCAGUUGUAUGUCCACAUUUGUAAAACUUAUGUAUUUAUGUCUUGGAAAAAGAUACAAUGUCCAUCUUCAGUCUUCCUUCCUAAGGUAAUCAAUGGAUAAUUGGUAUUUGAGUCUAACAUCCUAGACAAAUAAUUAAAGAGCUUUUGUUUAGUUUUUACAAAUCAUUCUCUGAUGAAGUAUAUUCAUUAUAGUUUUGUGAAUAGUAGAUUGCUUUCCUAUUACAGAACCAGCACAUAUAAGGAGGAGUCUAGUAUAAUAAACAUCUCAUAACACUAAAAAUAUUUUGGGGGCAACUGUAGAUUAUAUAGCAAUAUGGUCUUUUUUUACAUGUCAAGGAUUCAGAGUAUAUGUGGUUUUGAAUUUUAUUUUUCAAAUUGAAAAAUGCUAAAGAAAAUUUGUAAUCUUCCUAUGGGAUAUGUAUAUCUCCCCCAUAAAUCUCAAAAAAAAAACUGCUAUUGUGUUUUAUUUGUAUAAUUUUGCGUUUUGUUUUCAAAACUUUCCCACAGAAGAAUUCUGACUUCUCUAUAGAAAUUAAUGCUCAAUAUUUCCUCUUUACAGUUUCCAUUCUUUAGUUCUUUAUUAUCUUUUUCUUCUUUGAAAACUUUGUGAAUUCAGUGGAUUUAUUGCCUUAUUUUUUUUAGAACAAAUGACCUUUUCACAUAUGUACAUGGCAUUAAAAAAUGUCUUCUUGGGAAAAACUCCAGUAAUACUUGGUUUUCAUACUCAAUAGCUUGCAAAAUAGUAUAAUGUAGCUGAAAAUAAAUAUUAGCCCUUGAAUAUCACAAAACAAGACUUUUAUACUAAAGAAAUGUUAGGUAACUUCU